GAGCAACGGUCGGCAGCAUCAAGUCGAAGUACCCCGUCCAGCUCUUCCUCGACGGCAUCAAGGACCGACGGAGCUUGACGCCUCUGAAGGCUAAGGCGCAGGACGACCUGACGAAGGAGACGACCAAGAUCGAAGCCAAGCUCCGUCUCAAGUACAUCUCGAAGCUCGAUACGGCCUGCGAGUUGCGCAACCCGACGUUUGUGAGAGGGAAAUCUUGGCCCGAGCUGUCCGAUACCAUCCAAGAGUUCGAAGACGAGGCUGAGCUGGUAUGGCCUAAGAGCAUCAUCUUCAGCAUAGCUGAUUUGAGGCAAUCUACACUAUCUGAUGCUGCAGAUUGGGAAGGUCAUUUGAAGGUCUUUCGGUGCUGGGCGCCACCAGAGGGACAUAAGCUCGACCUCAUCAACCCGAGCUUCGGCAUGGCUUGUGUGACAAGCGGAACUGAGGAGGCGAUUGGCGACAGCUUGAGGUCUUUGCUGAGACACUUCGUCAAGGUGGUCUACUCCGAGCAUGUGCGCCCUUGGAUAUUCGACGGGAUUUCGAAGCUGGCGACCCUCAAGGCUUACGCUCUGGCCGCCGUGAAAGUGUUCAAGGACGAGGACAUUUGGGAGCUGCCCAGGGACGCCGCUUCCUUCAUCCAGGAUGUUCCUACGGCCCCCUAA